AUGGAGCACGAAAAAGGCGAUGAGGGUGUCACAAAGCGGCGGAUGGAGGAAAAAGACGAGGAACGGGAGGAAGACGAGGACACCAGCAGCAGCACCACGAGCGGUGGCAGUGGAAGCAGCGAUGAUGAAGAAGAGGAAGGGCUACACUGCAGUUUGGUGGUGGCCGGCCAGCGGAGGUGCUCCGGCCUACUGACCGCCACGGCUCGUGCUCUCCGCUUCGUGCCCCACUCCGACCCCGAUCACGUCUAUGAAGUCGAGUACAGGCGGGUGACGUGGGCGGGCUGGCAGGCGUCGGAGCGCGGAAGCCGCGGGGAGCACUUCGAGUUUGUUGCAAGCGUUUCGUGA